GACCCCCUCGGUGGGUAGACAAAACCCGGGUGUUUUUCGCCGCUCAAGCACUCUUAGCGGGACUGUGGAUCAGCUGUUUGGGUUGCUGUGGGGAAACUCAGCCAGCUUUAGACUGUGUGGCUACAAUCUGCAAAUAAACUUCUUACCACCCCGAUAUGUCAAAUAAUCGAAAGAGAGGGAUAGACGACGAUUUGAACCCCAAUGACUGCUUCAAAACGCCGGAAAAAGGAGUGUCGGUGGACCGGCUGUCGGACUCAGAUUUCAUCCAGUGGGGAGUGGAAGAAACGUGCCAAUAUCUGAGAAGACAAGGUCUUGGGGAAUGGCAGGAUGCUUUUAGAGACCAGAGAGUCACCGGUGUCGGACUGCGUUAUCUCAAUGAUGCAGCCCUGGAGAAGAUUGGCAUAAGGCAACAUCUUGUCAUCGCUCACCCCUGUCUGCUUGUUAGGUGUCUGGGUGACCGCCUGAAGGUCUUACACAGCCUCAGGAAGCUGUGGCAGAUAGAAACUGAGCCAAGCAAGGUGUUUAAUGAUCCCAUCCACGGGCAUCUGGAGUUACACCCACUUCUUGUCAAAAUCAUUGACACACCUCAGUUCCAGAGGCUGCGAAACAUCAAGCAGCUGGGAGGGGCAUACUUCGUUUUUCCCGGAGCGUCCCACAACCGCUUUGAACACAGCAUUGGGGUGGGAUACCUGGCCGGGCAACUUGUCCAAGCUCUGAAUGAGAGGCAGCCAGAGCUCCUCAUCUCUCGCAGAGACAUCCUCUGUGUCCAGAUCGCCGGGCUGUGUCACGACUUGGGACAUGGACCAUUUUCUCAUAUGUUUGAUGGCAUGUUUAUCCCAAGAGCACGUCCUGGAAAGGCCUGGAAGCAUGAAACUGCCUCACUGGCCAUGUUUGACUACCUGGUGGAUGAUAACAACCUUCAGCCAGUGUUGAAGGAACACGGCCUGGUUCUCCCAGACGACCUGGACUUUAUCAAGGAGCAAAUCGCUGGGCCAGUCAACACGUAUGCUACUCACUGCAAGGAGUGGCCAUACAAAGGCCGCACUGAAGAUAAGUCCUUCCUCUAUGAGAUUGUGGCCAACAAAAGGAACGGCAUUGAUGUGGACAAGUGGGAUUACUUUGCCAGGGAUUGCUACCACUUGGGCAUCCAGAACAACUUCGACUACCGCCGCUUUCUGAAAUUUGCCCGGGUCUGUGAGGUGGAUGGGCAGAAGCAAAUCUGCAACAGAGACAAGGAGGUUGGCAACCUGUAUGACAUGUUCCACACAAGGAACUGUCUGCACAGAAGAGCCUACCAGCACAAAGUGGGCAGCAUCAUAGAGACCAUGAUCACAGAGGCCUUUUUAAAAGCGGAUCCCUACAUCCAGAUCGAAGGCUCAGGGGGGGAUAUGCGGACGCUCUCCACUUCCAUAGAUGACAUGGUGGCCUACAGCAAGCUGACGGAUCAUGUGUUUGAACAGAUUCUGUACUCCUCCUCUCCUGAUCUUGCUGAGGCAAGACAAAUCCUGCGUAACAUCAACUGCCGACGUCUCUACAAGUGUUUGGGGCAAACUCAGCCUGACAAAAACUUGGUCGUCACAUCGGAGACCAAUUCCCACUGGAGGGAAGAGUUGGCUGGAUCCACCCCUCAGGGUAGCUCUAAGGAUGUCAGCCUGCAACCAGAGGACUUCAUUAUUAAUGUCAUUAAUAUGGACUACGGAAUGAAGGAAAAGAACCCCAUCAACAAUGUGCGUUUCUACAGCAAGAAUGACCUGACUAAAGCCAUUCAGAUACGCAAAAACCAGGUGUCCAAACUUCUUCCAGAGCAAUUUGCUGAGCAGCUGAUUAGGGUUUAUUGCAAGAAGACGGACGAUAAGACCCUGGAGGCUGCCAAGAAGCACUUUGUGCAGUGGUGCAUGAACCGAAACUUCACUAAGCCCCAGGAUGGAGACAUAAUAGCACCAGAACUGACUCCUCUCAAGGCCAGCUGGAGAAACAAUAACGAAGGUGAAGACGGUGACGACGGCAGCUCCAAAGAGACGAAAGUUCCUCUAGUGAAUGGACAAAAGAAGGCCAGAACUCAGCUAUUUAAGUAGGGAGAGGAGCGAAGGGAAAGAGAGUUAGCCAUAUUGCACAUGUAAAGAUAGAAAAGAUGAGUGUGUGCAAAAAAUUAUAUUUUCAUACGAGUGAAAGGUGUUGCUGAGCACAGUAAAGUGUUUUUAGACCCCUAAAAAUAACUUCUAGUGAUACAUGGAAAUUGUUUUACAGAAAUAAGACUAGAGUCAUAAAUGUUAUCUUUGAUCGUUUUUCAGGUUUCAUUUCAGGAUCUGAAACUUUAAUUAUGCUGUUCAAAAGUUUUCUCUUAUGUUGUAAACAACAUAUCACUCAAAUUCACCCCAAAACUGUUUUUCCAAGAGAAUAGUUUAUUUUCCAGUCAUUUGAAUAGUAAUUAUAUUUGAAGUGUUUUUAUUUACGGCUAUGUGGAACAUUGGCUUCAUCUUUAAUUUUUUUGCCUUUUGGCAGAAUCUUUUUCGUUGUGCUUUGGUGCUUUCAAAUUGUAUUUCUGAUGCCCUUUUAAAAUGCUUUAUUAUCACCAAAAUGUCGUGUAGCUUUUGCUAUUUUUGCUCAGGGUGUAUUUUGAUUAAAAAAUCUGAAAGAGCAUAAUGGUGACAUAGUUAAAAAUAUUAAAGACUUUGAAAAUAUGUUGUCAAUGUGUACUUUUUAUAUAUAAUGUUG